CUGGGUAUAGAUUUGAUGUCACCGUCUUUUCUGUCACCUGGAACCUCUAUGACUCCAAGUAGUGGGUCCUUUCUUAGUGCAUAUGAUCAACAGUCAUCUAAAGAUAGUCGUCAAGGUCAAUGGCAACGCCGAAGAAGGCUGGAUGGGGCACUGAAUAGAGUCCCAAUUGGAUUUUAUCAAAAAGUAUGGAAAGUUUUACAGAAGUGUCAUGGACUUUCUGUGGAAGGAUUUGUUCUUCCUUCUUCUACCACUAGAGAGAUGACUCCAGGUGAGAUUAAAUUCUCUGUUCAUGUGGAGUCUGUCCUGAAUCGUGUACCUCAGCCAGAGUACCGCCAGCUGCUGGUUGAAGCGAUCCUUGUCCUCACCAUGCUGGCAGAUAUUGAAAUUCAUAGCAUUGGAAGCAUCAUUGCUGUGGAAAAAAUAGUGCAUAUUGCCAAUGACUUGUUUCUUCAAGAACAGAAAACCCUUGGCGCAGAUGAUAUCAUGUUGGCAAAGGAUCCCGCAUCUGGCAUCUGUACUCUUCUGUAUGACAGUGCACCCAGUGGCAGAUUUGGCACCAUGACCUACCUCUCCAAGGCAGCCGCCACCUACGUGCAGGAGUUCCUGCCCCACAGCAUCUGUGCCAUGCAAUGAGAGCUUUGAUUCCUGGCUUCUGGGAGCCUUUUGACAGCUGGUCCCUGCCUCCAUUCAUUGUGCAUGGAACUGAAAUGUUAUUGCCUGAUCACUCCGACCCUGCCCCUUUCUGACCCAUCCUUCCCCAGAAGAGAGAACUUUUUCAAUAAACUAACUGCUUUAGAAGAAGUGAACACUUACCUGGAGGCUCACCUCCAGGGCACAUGCUCAACCAGGCCUGUCAUGAUUGGCUUUAUUUCUUUCAUCGUUAAUAAAAGUUUGCAUGGGUUUUUAUUCUCUAGAUCUGUUACCAACAUAGUUUUCUAACUCCUGUUUGGGGAGCAAGUGUUAAUAAUAACUUAUUCCUAAAGUUUGGUUUUUCUUAUUUGUGAUUUUAUUGUGUAUAUGAGUGGUGGGUACUUUGGGACAUUAUUUCAAGUGAGUAAACUCUAAAUUGUUAGAUAUUUAUGCUGCUAUAAAUUGGAAAUAUCUAUUCUAAGUGCCUUUUCUUAGGAAAAGAGAGUACUGGAUUAUGGCUUUCUUCCUUACUCACAGGUUGCCUCACACUGAGUGAUAAAAAUCUUUUUGUGUAGAAGCAUUGUCUCUGCUAUUGCCCUCUCUGCGUCUGCACACAUAAUGCCUGUCUCAUUUUGGUGAAAUAUCAAAAAAAUGCAAGUGCAGUGUGAAUAUUUAAGGAUUUCUGAAUUAACACUUGAAAUCACAUUUUAUAAAGAUUGUUGGUACUCACAGAUGUAUUUGCAGCAGAAAAUGAAGAAUAACCCAGAGAAAUGGAGCCCAGAGCCCACUUCCAGAGAGGAAGGGAAAGAAGAGAAGAUGCCUGGACAAUGUCUUAUACAUAGAAACAGACAGGGAAUCAGAGAUGGCUUAGUUCCCUGAAGACAGCCUUAUGCACCUAAUCCCUGCCUUUGAAAAGUGGGUCAGUACACAACACAGACAAUAAUUUGAAGCCUCUGUCUUCAGCAAAGAGAAAUCCAGCAGUCCAGUCUAUAACUGCUCUACUGAGCAUUCUUUUCAUGUGCUCUUGGUCUCUGUCUCACUUACCUACUUUAUACCACAUCCAGCUCAACUUGCUGACACCUCCCCCAACCAUUCUUAAACUCUUUCAUAUAUAUUUGAACUUCAUAAUUCUAGUGUAGAUAUGUCUUUGUGUGUUGGUAUGUGUGUGUAAGUGUAUAUGGGAAUUUUUCUGAAUGUAAGCAGCUUUGAUGUCUCUGUAUAUCUAUAUCUACAUUUGAUGGACUGAGUAAGUAUAUAAAUAUGAAAGUUGUAUGUGGGGGGGUGUGACUGGGGAAUCAGAUUGACACACACAGGUUGGUGGAAGAAUAGCUUCAGUCCUCUUCCUUGGUCCCAUGUGUAGGUAGCCUUGCUUGACAAAUGUUUGUCCUAACUUUUCUUCUUCUAAAUUGUGCACAGAGACUCUGCUAACUUCCCUGUUUGCACUCAGAUAACUUCCUACUUCAAGCCCCUCCUUUAUCUUGGAUCUCUAAGGUUUUUCCCCAAUAAUGGGAAUGGUGAGGGUGGUGAUGAGAGACUCUUUAAACAAUUUUUACAGAACCAGUGACAAUCUUAUGAGUACAAUGAAUAAGUAUAUAGUAGGGUAAUAGAAUACGGAUGGUAGAAACAAAAAGAGGACAGCCAACCUUUUCAGCACUUGUCUCAGAGCAGAUGGAAACACAUAGUAAGUAGCUUUCUGACUACUGGAUUUUCUGGUCACUUUUAAAGAAAGCUCACAAACUGUUCUGAAACUAUUUGUCUUUUCACUGGCUAUGAGCAUACUCCAAUCUCAGGGAGUAUAUGCAGAGUGCCACAGGCAAAAGCCACCACUCUUUCCCGCACUCAUUUGCUUGAACUGCCUCUAAGGGCUGCAUUUCUCUGAGUUUAUGAAAUUGUGUCACUAUGGUCCCCAUACAGUGGUAUUUAACUUUUAAAGCAACUUUUUAGAAAACUCUACUUGUAUUUUGUUCAUUUUAAGUGUAUGGUACUAAAAAGACAUGUUAGAUUUUUUUAAAAAGCACUUAUGAUGUGAAAAUAGAAUAAAUAAGAAUUUCCAAUUAAAUCAUAUCUGCUGCCAAUGUGCAAAACUU